UUUAGUGCUUACUCCCCCAAACUCGCCGUUUCGUAUAUAAACUAAACACAUGACAAAUUGUAUUAGCAUUUUAUCCACCAGUCAACUGUUAAUACUAGUCGAUAAAUGAGUUCAGUCGGUCGACUAUACAAUACACAGGCAUAUAAGGAAAGUGUUUAGUUUUUCUUAAGUAUCAAGAUAUGUGAAAUAAUUACAGGAUUAGGGCGAUCAUAUUGCUAAUAGUUUAAAAGCUAUCGUGGGGGCUGUUUAUGAAAAUGGACUUAAGUUUCAAUAAUAAUGCUAUUGUUUAAUUUGACCACCUCAAAUAUACCUAGGUAUGCACUGCGCUGCCAAACGAUAGAUAUGGAUAUUUAAAUUUACCUGACACCCAGAUUAGCCUAAGUGUUCGCUUGAUAAUGCCAAUAAUGAAUGUACUUGUGACCGUAUUCUGUUGUACACAACUCGUAGUCGUCAACUCGGACGCCGAAGUCAAUUAAUUCGGACACUGAAUGGACACUAGAACGGACUUAUCUUGACCAAGCUUCCUCGUACUAGUUGUGAUAUAACUUUAAUGUGCUGUUUUCAGUCUGUGAUAAAGUGCUACAGUGCAGAACAUACAACUUUGUUAAUUAUGUAAAUUGUGUUUUAACUGUUACGAGAGGACGACUUUGCCAAGAAGUUGCCAUACUGAAUUUGAGAUUACGAACAAACGACUGCAAUGUAUCGCCCCCAAGCGUACAUUCUGCUGCUGCGGUAGGGAUGGAAGCGCUGUGACGUCCAGUAUAUUAAAAGGUGGAUUUUUGAUACCUUGUGAUCGGAUAACCCAGAACCAGGGAAAUUCUACUCCGAAAAUCCGAUGGUGGUAGUAACAGCUGUCUACAAUGUUUGGACUACGGAUUCCGAUAUCAAAGGCAUCCAUCGGGAACGACUUUGACAGCGUGCAGACGAUUCUUUCAAACAGUGUUUACAAAAAUGCGUCAUCAUUUUGGACAUCUCGAGCUAACAGCAAAGGUCAUGUUGUAUACUUAGAGGUCAGUCCGGAAGCUGGACAGCUGAAAAAGUCAUCUAGUGGACAGAUUUGUGUGUGUGGAGCAGCCCACAAUGGAUUUUCCACUGACGAUACAGGCUACGGGACAGAUACGGAGAUGGACAACCUAUCUCGGCUAACUCAAAAAUAUGAUGAUCCUCCAUUCUCUACCUCAACUUUAUCUUCAGAAAGUGUUCAACAUAGAAACAGUAGCAGAAAAUCAACCAAACACAAACAGAAUUUGAAAGAAAAUUAUCAUUUAUUCAGAAAUGGUUUGACACAUGAACCAGAUCUAGUGUGUACUUGUUCAAUAGAAGAUAAUUGUGAUGCCCUGGAUUUCUUCAAUAUGGAAAAUAUAAGAGAAAUUAAUUUGAAGUUAAAUCUGCAGAAUUCUAAAUUGAUAUCAGUGGAUAAGUCGAGGAAGGUUGGCCAUGUUGGUAGGGCUUUGUGCAAAGGUUUGCUGGGAAUAGUUCCAGGCCAUUUUCAGUCCGGUGCUAAAAGAGGAAAAGAAAAUGGUAUGCGACUUUGUGUUCGAGGAUUUGUGCGGGAUGGACCUGCAUCAAAAAAAUCUAACAUUCAUAUAGGAGACUGCCUGCGUCUGGUUAACGGGCGAGAGGUCACCUGGGACAAUAUUGACGACGUGUUCACCAGCAUCAUAGACAGCAAGCAGGUGCGGAUUGUGUUACAAGAUGUGUCCAGGUCGGCCACUGUUCCAGUCCUGGUUAAGGAGAAAGUGUCGACAGACGAGGAAUCUCUAGUCAGACUUGUAACCGGGAUCUGCUUUGAUGAUGCAGAACCAACUGAACCAGGGGAGAUAACCCAAUACUCAAUUGUCUACCUCGACACAGAAAAACUCAAAUCUGAGGAAAAUGUCUGUGAUGAAGAUGUUCUGUACCGAUACCCAGCAGACAAAGAUCACGACCUGCUGCAAAAGUUACGAGGAUGUUUUGUCACCAUCCAUCAACUUUUAUUGGAUAUCUCAGAAUCAACUGUCAAAAAAACCACCAUCCAGCAUGAAGGGGAGACAAUCCACGUCAGUUACCACACAGAGGAAAAUGGCCUAUUGCUUGUUAUGUAUCCAGCAAAAAAAGUUAUUCCAGCAAUACUACCCCCUCUAGUAGAAGACAUCGUACGGGUUCUGCGUGUCCAGUAUGGGUCCGUCACUGAGGCCUUUUCUUCCACUGACCACGUCCAGGAGCUGGACAGUUUUUUCUGCCUGUUCCAUCACAGUCUUGGAGUGUGUACGCUGCAAUCCAACACACUCCCCAACCACUCAUUGGGACUUGGUGCUACAAAAUGUCUCAGCUGUUUCAACAAUGUGCAAUAUUUACCUCUCUACACUAGUUUUAAGGACAAAAUAGAAAAAAUAGUGAAUAGCUUUGAAGCUGCCGAUUUCUUUGAUAUGUCUGACAGUUUCUAUGGAUGUAGGAGAUCUUAUACCAUCUUAGGAUCGUGUCUGUUUUACAAGGCCAAGUUACUGUGCAAUCACCUACCGAAGAAUGACCUCUGUGACCUUCAUUUGUACCUACGGUACCACAACCUAUUAAACCUGAGCAGCCGCGGAGGGAUGGAUCAACUUGUCAUUUGGCGAGAGGUUCAUCCGACACGUCAAUGGUACGACCUCGGUGAAGAACAGAUGUUUGGCUACUCAGAACCGGUCACGGCUCGUUGGUUCUGGCUCAUCGUAGGCUACAAACAUAGCCUGCUGUGUGUACUGUUGGAAGCAGGAGGAUGCACAACAAAAUUGCCCGCCAUGUGUAUGCCUGAUCCAUUCUACAUAGACCAGUGCCGGGCUACACUGAUGCAGAUAGUCGCCCUUGGCUUGCCUGCCCACUGUGAUACCAGUUACAGUAGUCCUGUUCAGACCAUGAUUUGUCCCAUGAGGAACAACACUUUGUCACCCAUCUCUCCCUCUAAGAACACUACAAGUGACUUUACCAGUUCCCUAAGGAGACAGACACACACUCUGACGAGGAAAGACUCGUUCCAUUCGGACGGUUCAUCUACUAGUAACUCUAGCGGAGGCAGUAUUAUGAAGAAAGAAACACCUACAAAAAUGCGACUUUUCCAAGUAGACUACAGCCAUAGUAAUGAAAUGGCGCAGGACGUUCUGAAAAGCAGGAAAAUAAAAUUAACUGUUGGUGCUGAGAAUUGUCUUCUCCACUUCUUACACAUUGACAAGAUUGACGGGGUGUUUGUCAGCCCGACUUUGGAGACAAACGAGUUGGAGAAGGAUAUUGCUCACAAUUUUCACCUCUGCUGUACCCAGAUCAAACACAUGUUUGACAGAUACAGAUAUCGAAAGAAAUACCCAAUGAGAGAUGAACGUGAGAACGACUAUCGUAUUCCGUCCUGUCCAGAUCCAAGCUUCUAUCACAUCCGUGAGGAAGGGGUCUUGUUUCAACUGCCCCAGUCUGACAUGGACCAUAAAGUCCCAGAAUCUUACUGGGUUGUUGGACGCCAAAGAUCCAAGACUGAGCUUUACGUAUGCUUUAAGGAUGGUAUCCCACAGAAUUUAGUGGAGUUGGCCUUCAGAAUGGGAUUCGGCCUUCAAGUUUAAACUGUUUUGUGAGAAAGAAUGACCUGAUACCAACAGCAUUUAAACAUGUCAAGAUUCUUCUAUCUAAACGAGACCAGAUACACAACAUAUUAUCAAGAAAAAUAUUGCAAUAAAGUUUCUGUACCUCUCAAUUAUUUGAAUUCCACAUUUGACUUAACGAGGAAUUCAGCUUUCCAAUGGGGAAAAUAGUCCAAACAGGAAUUAUGUUGUUCAAGGAAAAAUUAGAAAAAAUCUGUUGAAAUAAAGACACCACACUCAUCUUUUUUCUGUGUCUGGAACCUAUAUUUAUUUUCUCAGACUGAAUGGUAUAUCAACAUAUAUAAACAGUAGUACAUUUUCAUGGCAUGGAGUAUUACGACACAUCUAACAAAGUUCCCCUUGUUAAGUCGGUUAGACAAGAACAACUUGUACUAUGCAAUAUAAAGUAAACAAAUUAAGUUCUGUACAUACAUGUGCUAAGAGAUUGAGAAAUAUUUUCAUACUAUUUCAUUUUAUCAGAGAAAAUUAUUCUGAAAAUUAAGCAGUUACAUGACUUUGUCCAAGAAAAACAAAUAUCUGAUAGUUUUUGCUGAAUCGGGAUACACACAUGUAUCGGGAUACACACAUGUAUCGGGAUACACUCAUGUAUCGGGAUACACACAUGUAUCGGGAUACACACAUUUAUCGGGAUACACACAUGUAUCGGAUACACACAUGUAUCGGGAUACACUCAUGUAUCGGGAUACACUCAUGUAUCGGGAUACACACAUGUAUCGUGAUACACACAUGUAUCGGGAUACUCACAUGUAUCGCGAUACACACAUGUAUCG